UCACGUUGCCCUGAUCAUUCUAUGCUUGGUUCUCGCGGAGACAAGAUGUCCGGAGUUUUCAGAGCGACAAAUCAAGCUUCCCAAAGCUAUAAUCAGAUGUCAGAGAUGCCGCAAGUGUCCUAUUUGACCUUGGACGGCAGGUAUCACGUCUGUGGACAAGACGCCGUCUACUACACAGACGAUAGCGGUACAGAACGGUUCGUGGAGGCUGGGAGUUGUACCGACCUAACCGUCGACCUGUACCUCACAGAGGACGAGUGGGCUUGCCUCAUGCCCGCAGAUGAUGGCUACGGUCCCGGCUUUAUCGUAGAAAGGUUCCUUGGCAGCCUCUGUGAAAGCUACGAGGAGACACCACAAGAUGCUCAGGAGCAGAACAUGUGCGUAAAUGGACAAGAAACCCAAGAGCACAGCGAUAUGGAAACGGGAAAGUGGGAUUUUCCUUCUUUGCCCAUGCAUGAGUUCUCGACGGAGAUAGAAAAUCUAACGUGUGUAAUGGAUGGUCAGAGGCUGUGGAAAGACGAGGUGUCCAUCUACUGGUCAGAGAGUGACCUGGAUGAAGAACUGCAACUUCUGGGACAAACUAAGAUGGACCACCCGAACGGCCGAAACCAUGCUGCUAUGAAGGGUCAGAGGUUGUGGCAAGAUGAGGUGUCCAUCUACUGGUCAGAGAGUGACCUGGACGAACAACUGCAACUUCUGGGACAAACUAAGAUGGACCACCCCAACAGCCAAAACCAUGCUGCUAUGAAGGGUCAGAGGUUGUGUGGGGACGAGGUGUCCAUCUACUGGUCAGAGAGUGACCUGGAUGAAGAACUGCAACUUCUGGGACAAACUGAGAUGGACCACCUCAACAGCCCAAACGAUGCUGCUAUGAAGGGUCAGAGGUGGGGGGACGAGGUGUCCAUCUACUGGUCAGAGAGUGACCUGGAUGAAGAACUGCAACUUCUGGAAAAGGUUUCCAUGCUGUAUGGGUGGAAAAAGGAGGAUAUCUACCGUCUAGUUGUGGAGAAAUCCACCAGGUUGUCGAGGUAUGAUCUGUACCACGGGCCAGUUCACUACGCUCGCUCGCCAAGUCAUCAUCUCAUUGGCAGCCGUGGUGACAGCAAGGAACGGAUUGUUUUGGAAGGAGAGGAUUGUCCGGAACCAUCAAUGCACCCCAUGGUUCAACCAGGCCAUUAUGGAAAAGCAAUCGGCAAGGCAGCCCCUAGGAAAAAACUGCUGCAAGCAUCUAUGUAUAAGAUUCAGUUGUUGAAUGGCAGCACGAUUGUUAAAGUUUGUCUUGUCUGUAUUAGCUGCUCCUGUUGGCUUCUUCUCAUGGGCUUACCAAGUUUCUGUACAGUUGUGGUAAUUGGGCUACAAAAGUUUGGUAAGCGCGCGGGAAAAAGCCGACAGGGGCAGCUACGCUGGUGACCUUUGACAUACAGAGAACAGGUCUUACAUCCUACUUUGUAUUACAAGAUGGAGGACGUUUUCUGUUGUCAGAGGUUUCCAUGGUGACUGACAACAAGUAUGGUUGCCAGGUAACCACAGUAGCUGCCCCUUUUUAUAUGUGCACCUAUCAGUGUGAACUUUGACAAUCUGUCCAAGUAUUCUUCAAGUUCAUGUUUUCCAUAGUAUUACACCAUUGGCUUCACACUGGUAGGUGCACAAAAAAACUGUUGUAGUGAUAGGCAUUGUCAACCUGUUUGAGAGUUUUUAGUAUCUUUUAUAUAUACGAUAUCGUAUGUAUACUCGUAAGUUUCUAAUCAUAAUAGAAUUUGCAAUUUUGUACCCGUAUAUACUUGUGAAAAGAGGAAACCUAAAAAAGAAGAAACCAAGGACGGACAAAGUUAGAAAAUGAUUUAAUGUCAAACUUGCAGUUUGUCACACAAUGUAUAUUAUACAAAGAAAUGUUUUCACAAUGCAAGUAUUAAAGAUUCUGUUAAGUCUGCUUGACAGUCGAGUUUAAUAAAUGUGAGCAAAAUAUUUUACUUGAGUUUGUCUGCUGUUUUGGAUGUAUCCUUUUGUAAUGAUCUGGUUCAAAGUUUUUGAAUUGCCCAUGCUCUGAUGCAUUUUGGGUAAUGUGUAAAAGUUGAAGCCACUGUGACUGUGAUAUACAAAACAUAGCUGGACAUCACGUCUUAUACUAUCAUGAAAGUUCAUCUGUGUUGGUAGUUACAUGUUUCAAGUUAAAACUUUUUGUCCAACACAAAA